AUGUGCAUUGAUUACUGGGAGCUGAAUAAGGUAACGGUGAAGAACCGUUACCCACUCCCGAGGAUAGAUGAUUUGUUUGAUCAUCUUCAGGGAGCAUCUUGGUUUUCCAAGAUUGAUCUACGGUCUAGAUAUCACCAGAUGUGGGUCAGAGAUGAUGAUGUGCAGAAGACCGCUUUUAGGACCUACUAUGGUCAUUAUGAGUUUGUGGUGAUGCCGUUUGGGCUCACCAAUGCUCCUGCCGCGUUCAUGGACCUCAUGAACCGCGUGUGUAGGCCGAUGCUGGAUCGGUCUGUGAUAGUAUUCAUUGAUGACAUCUUGCUCUAUUCCAAGACAGAGGAGCAGCACGAGGAACACCUGAGGGAGGUGUUAGAGACCUUGAGGAGGGAGAGGCUUUUCGCAAAGUUCUCCAAGUGUGAGUUCUGGUUGCGCGAGGUGCAGUUUCUGGGGCACCUUGUCAACCAGAGGGGGAUAUUAGUUGAUCCGGCCAAGAUAGAGGCCGUGAUGCAGUGGGAGGUCCCGAGGUCGCCAUCCGAGAUUCGAAGCUUCCUGGGAUUGGUCGGGUACUACAGGAGAUUCAUCCAGGAUUUCUCCAAGAUAGCAGUACCAUUGACCCGACUGACCAAGAAGUCGGUUGUGUUUUGCUGGGGUCCUGAGCAGCAGACAACCUUUGAGAUGCUAAGGCAGCGAUUGUGCGAGGCGUCGAUUCUUACCCUGCCAGAGGGAGUAGAUGACUUUGUAGUCUACUAUUACGCUUCGAUCAUAGGUAUGGGAGCAGUGUUGAUGCAGUGGGGGCAUGUGAUAGCUUAUGCCUCAAGACAGUUGAAGCAUCACGAGGCUAACUACCCGACACAUGAUUUGGAGUUGGGGGCUGUAGUGUUCGCCCUCAAGAUUUGGCGACACUACCUAUAUGCGGUCCGCUGUACUAUUUACACGAACCACAAGAGUUUGAGGUACCUCAUGGAUCAGCCGAAUCUGAACAUAAGGCAGCGUCGGUGGUUAGACGUGGUAAAGGAUUACGAUUGUGAGAUCCUCUACCACCCGGGAAAAUCCAACGUAGUGGCCGACGCCCUGAGCCGCAAGGCGGUAGCGGCUCCGAUUCGAGAUAUCUGCUUGAGGAUGACAGUAGUUACUCCACUGUUGGAGAAGAAUAGGGAGGCUCAGGUUGAGGGCCUGAAGGAGGAGCGCCAGAAGUGCGAGAGGAUAGUUUGUCGAGUGGCUUCGUUUGAUUAUGCCAGUCGAGGAUUGUCGACCCUGCAUGGGAGGGUCUGGGUACCGUACUGGGGAGGACUACGGCAGGUGUUGAUGGAUGAGGCCCACAAGUCUCGGUUCUCCAUCCAUCCAGGGGCGACAAAGAUGUACAGGGAUCUUCGCCCGAAUUAUUGGUGGCCCUCCAUGAAACGGGACGUCGUCUGGUAUGUUGAGAGGUGCCUGACCUGCAGGAAGGUCAAGGCGGAGCACCAAAGGCCGCACGACAAGAUGCAGCCGUUAGAUAUUCCAGUGUGGAAAUGGGAGGAUAUCACUAUGGAUUUUCCUACAAAGCUUCCCAGGACCGCACGUGGGGUUGAUUCGAUAUGGGUCAUCGUGGAUCGAUUGACCAAGAACGCUCAUUUUAUACCGAUCCAGGAGAUCAUCUCGGCAGAGAAGUUGGCCGAGAUUUUUAUGCGAGAGGUAGUGGCACGUCAUGGAGAGCCUGUCUCGGUGGUGUCUGUGACAACCUGA